AAAUCAAUCUUGUGUACUUCACCUCAAUUGUAUCCAAACAAAUUCUAAAAAUGAUUCCUUCAACAGCUCCGGUUACUAUACUUGUAGCAACUCCCUUAGACAUUGAUGAUGCUAAACACCUCCUUAAUUGGGCUAUUUCUAUUUUUUCUCAUCCUAAUUACACCAUCAUAGCCUUACAUGUUAUAGUAGGGAAGGAGCCUAAGAAACUUGUACCAAAGUCAAGAGACUACAAACAAUAUCGUAGAGCCAAAUCUUUUGUUCUGUCUGUCAUGGGAGAGUUUGCCAAGACUUGCCAAUGUAAACAGAUGCAUUUAGAGGCUAGGGUAAGAUACAGCUCAAGCAUAGGAAGUGGCUUAAUCGACGAAACCAAGGCAACCAAAGCAGAAUUUCUUGUUCUCAAGGGGUCUAAACUUAAAUCAAAUCGACCAAAAGGAGAAAUUACAAAGUAUUGCAUAAAACAUGCACCAAAAGGAUGCUCAAUCAUCUCAAUUGGACAACUACCAAAUAAAGAACCAUUACAUGCAUCAACUUUAAAAGAAAGUUCAUUAGAAGAGAAGAAAUCUCCAAAGACAGUUCUAAAUGGAGUUGAAGAAGAAUUUGCAACUAGUACGGAGGAUGAUAACUCAAGCUUUGGUGAGUCGAGCAACUCUGAUUCAUCACCACCGCCACCACCACCACACCCACCAAUGAAAAUGGUAUUGGUAAAAUCAACCAAGUAUAAGGAGUCCACAUUGCGACGGGUUGCUUCAUUUUUCUUGAAGAACACGACAAAUGGAACGAGGAAAAACAAUAAUACUAAUAGCAUUGUUGUUAGUGAAAAGCGUCCACAACCUUCUUUGAAGUACUUCAGCUAUGAUCACAUCUCAUUAGCUACCAACCAUUUUCAUCCAGAAAACAUGGUGGGACAAGGUGGGUACUCAGAGGUAUACAGAGGAGAACUGGGAGAUGGAAAGAGCAUAGCUGUAAAAAGAUUAGCCAAAGACAACACAAAUCCACAAAAAGAGAAGGAAUUUCUAGUAGAAUUGGGUAUAAUUACUCAAGUUUCUCAUCCUAACACGGCCACCUUAAUUGGUUACUGCAUCGAAAAUGGUCUCUACCUUAUUUUCCCUCUCUCUUCCAAUGGAAAUUUAUUCAAUGUUCUACAUGGUGAUACAAGCAAGCCACUUGAAUGGGCUGUGAGGUACAAAAUAGCAAUAGGUGUAGCAAAAGGUCUUCAUUAUUUGCACAAAUGUUGCAAACAUCGGAUCAUACAUCGUGACAUUAAAGCUUCCAACGUUCUUCUUGGGCCUGAUUUUGAACCACAAAUUACAGACUUUGGACUAGCAAAAUGGGUACCUAGCAACAAGUCAAACCAACAUGCUUACUUACCGAUUGAGGGCACAUUUGGAUACUUAGCACCAGAAUAUUUCUUGCAUGGAAUUGUAGAUGAGAAAACAGACGUUUUUUCAUUUGGUAUUCUUCUUCUAGAGAUUGUAACCGGUCGAAGACCAAUUGAUUCUUCCAAACAAAGCCUCUUACUUUGGGCUAUGCCUCUAAUGGAGUGCGGAAAAAUAUCAGAGCUGGUUGAUGCAAGAUUAGAGGGUGAAUAUGAUAAAGAGCAAUUGCAUAAAAUUGUAUUAACUGCUUCUUGUUGUGUGAGACAUUCCUCUUCAUGGCGUCCUUCAAUGACUGAGGUGUUGGAGCUUCUAUCAAAUGGGCAGGAGUCGGAGAUUGCUAGGGAAUGGGGUAUCUUGAAAGGUUCAUCCGAAGAAAUAGAUGAUUAUUCUAUGGUUUUUGGAUAUAACGUCCCUAUCGAUAAAGAUUUAGAGAAAGCAAUUGCGGCUCUAGAAAUUUAGAAAACUUGUUAUUUUCCAUAAUUUUAAUAUUACUAAUAAAUUAAACUUUUCUUUUAUUGGAACGGGUUUGUGAGAUAAUUAUCAUUUAUAAAGAAUAUACAUGUAUAUAUUUUUGUGAAAAACCAUGGAUCAUUUUGUAAAAUGUUUUAUUUAUUC